UACAACUCCCAGCGGGCAGCGCGCUCACGGAUAGGGAAGAACCAAUAGCUGCGCCGCUUAGAGCGCAGCAUUGACUCCGAGGACCAAUAGGGUGAGGGUUUUCUCCGGGUGCACUCCCGGCCGCGAAUAUGGAGACUCCGGAGCGGUUCUGUGUCCCCGGCGAGCGGCUGUGCAGCACGGAGGAGGCCACGGCUGGCAGCGGGACCUACACCCGGCACGGAUUCAUCUUCUCCUCGCUGGCUGGGUGCGUGGAGAAGACGAGCGAGGAGAGCGGGCUGCCCGUUGUGUCUGUGGUGAGAGACAGUGACCCCCAGCUCCUGCCCGACGUGGGGGUCGUGGUGACGUGCAAGGUUUGCAGCAUUAACUCUCGCUUUGCCAAGGUGCACAUCCUGUACAUUGGCUCCACACCACUGAAAUCCAUCUUCCGGGGGACCAUACGGAAAGAAGAUAUUCGAGCCACGGAGAAAGAUAAGGUGGAAGUGUACAAGAGUUUCCGCCCUGGUGACAUAGUCCUGGCCAAAGUCAUCUCCCUGGGGGACUCACAGUCCAACUACCUGCUGACAACAGCUGAGAAUGAGCUGGGUGUGGUGGCAGCACGCAGCGAUGCAGGAAGGGGAACCCCUGACAUAUGGUGUCCCAGGGAUGCAGAUGGUGCCCAUCAGCUGGUGUGAGAUGCAGUGCCCACGGACACACACCAAGGAAUUCCGUAAGGUGGCCCGCGUGCAGCCGGAGUUCCUGCAGACCUAGCAGCCACGAUGGGACCUGCCGGAUGAGGGGCUGCAGGGCCAGAGCAGCCCCUGACCAGGGGGGUGCCCCAGCCAGGCCCUUGAUGGCAGAAUCAAUUUUCAACUUUCAGAUAAUAAAUAUUUUUUGAGA